AUGCACGGUCUUCUGUACUGCGCCGUGCUUCUUGUGGCCUCUGGAUCAUUCCUAGCCCAGCCCAUUACACAUUCUGCUGAGAUGCCCUAUCCUGUAUUUGUAUUAAUGAAGGACAUGAGAGGAGUCACACCUCGAGAUGAGUUUUCUGUUCCAGAGCAUCUGUAUGUCACACAUCACCAAAUUCCGAUGUAUUAUUCCUAUUCACGUGUCAGAACCACAAGCCUUCUUCCAAAAGAACUGAAAAAAGUGGUCUUACUGGAGAAACAUCUGCUAAACCCUUACAGUCACAUGCUGGACAUCCGGAAACAGGUGAAGAAGAUAAGAGGCAAUGCAGACUGUUUCCACAAGUACUGUGUCUAA